GGUUCCACCGCUAAUAUGGCGUUGCCCAUUCCAUGUCUCAAAUUGAGGUACCCUCCUCUCAGCCUGCGAACAACCAAUUUCUUGGAACAACGACCAUUUUUCCGUCUUCACCGGCACUCCUCCGCGCGACGUCUCCGAUCUCUUCUUCCUAUUACGAAUGUUAUUCCGACGGCAUUUGAUUUCCAGGGUGGCAAAGGAAUGAGUGGGUUCUUUGAUGUUGAGCUUAAAGUCCGUGAUUAUGAACUGGAUCAGUAUGGUGUUGUAAACAAUGCGGUCUAUGCGAGUUACUGCCAACACGGUCGUCAUGAACUCUUUGAAACAAUUGGCAUCAGCCCAGAUGCAAUUGCUCGCACCGGCAAUGCAUUAGCACUGUCAGAGUUAUCCCUUAAAUUCCUUGCACCUUUAAGAAGUGGUGACCGGUUUGUCGUGAAGGUGAGGGUCUCUGGCUCAUCAGCUGCUCGCUUAUUCUUUGAGCACCUUAUCUUCAAGCUACCCAAUGAGGAGCCCAUUUUGGAAGCAAAGGGCACAGGAGUUUGGCUUGACAAAAAUUAUCGGCCUUCCCGUAUUCCAUCAGAGAUAAAAUCAAAGUUUGUUCAGUUCCUUCGCAAUGAGGAAUCAAACUGAUUUCACCAUAGUAGCAUGAAGCAGAAGGGUCUUUUUGUUCAAAGUGCU